AUGGCUGACUACAUGACCACCAUCUCAUGCACAACGGGCCAUCGACCACUCAACACAAUGGAGCGCAACCUGCUGGUCUUGGCCUUCAAAUCCCUGGUCCGGCCACGCAGGGCCUCAUGGCGCAAGAUUAAAGACAUAGAAAGGGUCGAGGACGAACCCCACUGCUUGGCUACCAUUACGGAUUACCUCUCACGAAUCGAGUCCGAGAUCGUUUCCAUCUGUGAGCGUGUCCAGCAACUUCUGGACUCCUACCUCAUCACAUAUGAGGACUCUGCCGAAGCCAGGGGCUACUACCGGCAGAUGAAGGCCGACUACUUUCGGCACCUAGCUGAGUUCAAGACUGACGAACAAAAGAAAAUUGAGGCCGACAAAGCCCAAUUGAACCAUGAAGAGGCCAUGAGAAUCGCUAAGGCGGAACUGAGACGUGCAAACCCCACCAGGCUAGUGACUGCGCUCAAUUUUACGGUUGAAGGGGAUCACGAUAUCGAAGAGGCCGAAAGGAGGGAAAGUCAGGGAAAUGCAUUUCCACUAUUGUUUCCUCUGAAGUAUGUCGCAGCCAUCUUCAAGAUGAAAGUGACGAAAUGGUACCUUGAUCUCACCCUCCGGGUUGAGUUGACCUGGUGGCUUGGUUCUGGGUUCGAGAUGGACCAGGGACCUGAGAUCGCUCUCUCAGGAACUAGAAAAUUGGGACAGAGGUUGGUUUGGAUUUCACCCAACUCCUCUGAGGCAGAGGAUAGAGAUUUUCGUGAGGAGAAGGAGAAGAAAAUGAACAACAAAAGUAGUGAAGGCUAUGGUGGUGAAGUUGUCGGGAAAUCAGCUGUAAUUGAGGCUACUGGCGGUGCAGUGGCCGUGGCUUGGUUUUUCCAGCAUAAGAAGUAG